AUGGACUUGCACCUGCUCAGAGCAGACUCUCCCAUGGCCGUCCGACACAUCGACCUCUGCUACGACCACACCGAUUCCGAGCGCUCGGCUUUGCGCCUGAUAUACACACUAUGUCCAGACUGGGAACACGAUGAAGGCCCCGUUGAAUUGAUUCCCUUUACUGAAGGCAUCACAAACACUCUUAUGAAAGCCGUCAAGAAGCGACCAGGAUAUACACAACAAGACAUUGACUCCGAUGCAAUUCUCCUGAGAGCAUAUGGCAAGGGCACAGAUGUCCUCAUAGACCGCGAGAGAGAAACCAGAUCGCACUCUUUGCUUGCCGGCCGCGGACUAGCCCCUCCUCUAUUCGCACGCUUCGAGAACGGCCUACUGUACAAAUACAUCGCAGGCGACGUAUGCAGCCCAGAAGACCUUCGUAGACCCGACGUAUACCGCGCAGUUGCGAGAAGACUUGGCCAAUGGCACAGCACACUACCAAUUGCUGCUAUCAGUUCGCUCCAGACACUACAAGAGCAGAAUGACGUAGCAGAGGACUCUCACAUUCAGCACCAUACCGACGAAGCCGGCAACAAGAGGCCGAAACCUAGUCUAUGGACUGUAAUGCAGGAAUGGAUCAAUGCGCUACCAGUAGCCACCCAAAAAGAGAAGGAACGAAGGGACAUGCUGCAACGGGAAUUGACACACCUUUCGAACGAACUCGGAAGGACACCUGGUUUGGAUGGUUACGACUACAUUUUUGCUCAUUGCGAUCUUUUGUCUGGUAAUGUCAUUGUACAUCCUGGUCAAAGAGAAGGCGCGAAAGGCCUCACAGUGAGCUUCAUCGACUACGAAUAUGCGACUCCAGCACCCGCCGCAUUCGAUAUUGCCAACCACUUUGCCGAGUGGGGUGGUUUCGACUGCGAUUACACUGCUCUACCGACACGCAGUCAACGCGCCGACUUCAUCGCUCAAUAUCUCGCAUCAUACCGUAACUUCGCUCCCGUAUCCGACUCCGAAACCAUCGAACGCGAGAAACAGCAGCUCAUCAGCCAAGUCGACACUUUCCGUGGUCUGCCAGGCUUCUAUUGGGGUAUUUGGUCACUCAUUCAAGCGGAGAUUUCGCAAAUCGACUUUGACUACGCUUCAUAUGCAGACAUCCGUCUGGGCGAAUACUGGGCUUGGAAAGCCGAGCAAGAUGGGUCUAGACAACGAGAAGGCCGCGAACCCACAUUGCGAGAGAAGAGAUGGGCCGAGGAGUAA